GUGAAGAAGCAGAUUUUGGAUGAGAAGAUCUACUGUCCUCCUGAAGCUUCUGUCCUGCUGGCCUCUUACGCCGUCCAAGCCAAGUACGGCGAUUACGAUCCCAACGUCCACAAGCGAGGCUUCUUGGCACAAGAGGAGCUGCUUCCGAAGCGGGUAAUAAACCUGUACCAGAUGACUCCAGAGAUGUGGGAGGAAAGGAUAACGGCCUGGUAUGCAGAGCACCGAGGCAGAGCGAGAGAUGAAGCUGAAAUGGAGUAUUUGAAGAUAGCUCAGGACUUGGAGAUGUACGGAGUGAACUAUUUUGCGAUUAGGAAUAAAAAGGGCACCGAACUGCUGCUUGGUGUUGAUGCCUUGGGUCUUCACAUUUAUGACCCAGACAACAGGCUGACCCCCAAAAUCUCCUUCCCGUGGAAUGAGAUCCGGAAUAUCUCAUACAGCGAUAAAGAGUUUACAAUUAAGCCAUUGGAUAAAAAGAUUGAUGUUUUUAAAUUCAAUUCAUCAAAGCUGCGUGUGAAUAAGCUGAUUCUUCAGCUGUGUAUUGGAAACCAUGACCUCUUCAUGAGGAGGAGAAAGGCAGACUCGUUGGAGGUCCAACAGAUGAAGGCACAAGCCAGGGAGGAGAAAGCCAGGAAGCAGAUGGAACGGCAGCGCCUAGCCCGAGAGAAGCAAAUGAGAGAAGAAGCUGAGAGGACAAGGGAUGAGCUGGAGAGAAGGCUGAUGCAGUUAAAGGAAGAGGCAACGAUGGCCAACGAGGCUCUGAUGAGGUCUGAAGAGACAGCAGACCUGCUGGCUGAGAAGGCUCAGAUUACGGAGGAGGAGGCCAAGCUCCUGGCUCAGAAAGCAGCUGAGGCUGAACAGGAGAUGCAGCGAAUCAAAGCCACGGCCAUCCGGACGGAGGAGGAGAAGCGACUGAUGGAACAGAAGGUGCUAGAGGCAGAGAUGUUGGCACUGAAAAUGGCGGAGGAGUCAGAGAGGAGGGCAAAGGAGGCUGAUCAGCUAAAGCAAGACCUUCAGGAGGCUCGCGAGUCUGAGCGGAGAGCAAAGCAGAAGCUUUUGGAGAUCACCAGCAAGUCGUCCUACACACAGUCGAUGAACUCGAGUACGACAGCAUUGCCUACCGACCUGCCAAGCUUCAACCUCAUCAGUGACAGCCUGUCCUUUGACUUCAAGGAUACGGACAUGAAGAGGCUUUCAAUGGAAAUCGAGAAAGAGAAGGUAGAAUACAUGGAGAAGAGCAAGCACCUGCAGGAGCAGCUGAACGAGCUGAAGACAGAAAUUGAGGCACUGAAGCUGAAGGAGAGAGAGACGGCUCUGGAUAUAUUGCACAACGAGAAUGCCAGCCGAGGCAACAGCAAGCACAACACUAUUAAAAAGGUAUCGGAGGGCUCCAGUUUGUAUCUCGCCUGACGAAAUCCUUUAGAAACAACCACAGAAUAACCCUUCCGUUUGGUUCAGCUUUUGCACAAGUUGUUAUAAUAAAAUUGUUUGAUCUAG